AUGUACCCCAGUCGCAGUGGCACAACUUACCCCAGUCGCAGUGGCACAAUUUACCCCGGUCGCAGUGGCACAAUGUACCCUGGUCGCAGUGGCACAACUUACCCCGGUCGCAGUGGCACAACUUACCCCGGUCGCAGUGGCACAACUUACCCCAGUCGCAGUGGCACAACUUACCCCGGUCGCAGUGGCACAAUGUACCCUGGUCGCAGUGGCACAAGUUACCCCAGUCGCAGUGGCACAAUUUACCCCUGUCGCAGUGGCACAAUGUACCCUGAUCGCAGUGGCACAACUUACCCCGGUCGCAGUGGCACAACUUACCCCGGUCGCAGUGGCACAAUUUACCCCGGUCACAGUGGCACAAUGUACCCUGGUCGCAGUGGCACAACUUACCCCAGUCGCAGUGGCACAAUUUACCCCGGUCGCAGUGGCACAAUGUACCCUGGUCGCAGUGGCACAACUUACCCCGGUCGCAGUGGCACAAUUUACCCCGGUCGCAGUGGCACAAUGUACCCCGGUCGCAGUGGCACAACUUACCCCGGUCGCAGUGGCACAACUUACCCCGGUCGCAGUGGCACAAUUUACCCCGGUCGCAGUGGCACAAUGUACCCUGGUCGCAGUGGCACAACUUACCCCAGUCGCAGUGGCACAAUUUACCCCAGUCGCAGUGGCACAAUGUACCCCGGUCGCAGUGGCACAAUGUACCCUGGUCGCAGUGGCACAACUUACCCCGGUCGCAGUGGCACAACGUACCCCGGUCGCAGUGGCACAAUUUACCCCAGUCGCAGUGGCACAAUGUACCCCGGUCGCAGUGGCACAAUGUACCCUGGUCGCAGUGGCACAACUUACCCCGGUCGCAGUGGCACAACGUACCCCGGUCGCAGUGGCACAAUUUACCUCAGUCACAGUCGCACAAUUUACCCCAGUCGUAGUGACACAAUUUACGCCAGUCGUAGUGACACAACUUACCCCAGUCGCAGUGGCACAAUUUACCCCAGUCGCAGUGACACAAUUUACCCCAGUCGCAGUGGCACAAUUUAUCCCAGUAGCAGUGGCAUAACUUACCCCAUUCCCACCAUUUUGAUAUUUUGCUUAAUACCGGCAACAUUUUGUCAUACAUUUGGUUCAAACUUGCCUUGA